CCGGAACCAUCGAAGGGGGAAGACUUUAAAGGGAGGACGCUCGUGCAAAGAUGGCCGACGUACCAGAUAAUGCUCCAGAACAUUGUCCAGGAACAACGAGUGAGCAAGCAGGAAAGUCAGCGUCAUGUCAGGGCUGCCCCAACCAGAAGCUGUGUGCUUCUGGAGCCACCAAGGCUCCCGACCCCGCUAUAGCAGAGAUAGGAGCCAAGCUGUCAACAGUCAAACACAAGAUCCUUGUGCUGUCUGGAAAAGGAGGAGUGGGGAAGAGCACCUUCAGUGCUCACCUGGCCCACGCCCUGGCGAGUGACAGCACAAAGGAGGUUGCCCUGCUGGAUGUAGAUAUCUGUGGUCCAUCCAUUCCAAGGAUCAUGGGUUUAGAGGGAGAACAAGUUCACCAGAGUGGCUCAGGCUGGUCUCCUGUGUAUGUGGAUGACAACCUGGCGGUCAUGUCGAUUGGCUUCCUGCUCAGUAGCCCCGAUGACGCUGUGAUCUGGAGAGGACCCAAGAAGAACGGAAUGAUCAAGCAGUUUUUGAGGGACGUUGACUGGGGGGAGCUGGAUUACCUUAUCGUGGACACGCCCCCCGGCACCUCUGACGAGCACCUGUCUAUUGUCCAGUACCUUAGCUCCACUCAUGUUGAUGGAGCUGUCAUCAUCACCACACCACAGGAGGUGUCGUUGCAGGAUGUGCGAAAGGAGAUCAGAUUCUGUCAGAAGGUCAAGCUGCCGAUCAUCGGAGUGGUGGAGAACAUGAGCGGCUUUGUCUGUCCUAAAUGCAAGAACACAUCACAAAUCUUCCCUCCCACCAGCGGAGGCGCUGAGCAAAUGUGUGCAGACCUAAAUCUACCUCUGUUAGGAAAAGUGCCUCUGGACCCGAGGAUAGCACGAAGCUGCGACGAGGGCAAAUCUUUCCUCAGCGAAGUACCUGACUCUCCUGCUGCUGCUGUCUACCAGAGAAUUGUGCAGAGUAUCCAGGACUACUGCUCUAACGGUGAGACAGAGGAGCAGAGCACCACAUGAGGCCACUCCGAUGGGGGAACCACAACACUGAGACAGAACACAUGAUGAGCAUGUGGAAGGAAUGAAACGCACAUAUAAAGGUCCAUAACAUCAGUGUGCUAUAGUUAUCAAAGCUUGUCAGAAGUUGUAUAAUUUGAAUUCAUGACAGGUAGUAGCUUUGAUAUUAUCUCAGCGAGCCAGAUCCAGUUUUGAAUACUGAUGCUUGCUUUACAUGUCAUUCCUACUGAAAGCAUACAUUUCUAAAAACAGGUCAUGAAUAAAUAUAUAUUUUCAAUUUCAAGAUAAAUAAAACAGCUGGGCGCUGUACUCAACAGGAGUUACUAGUACAUUUGUCGAGCACUGCUUUCAGCUGUGGAUUAAUACACAUUUGCUCAAGUGAGUAUUUGCAGCAGCAGAAUAGUGUUUGUGGGAUCAACUCAAGAUAACCCGCAGUGCCCUCAGUAAUGGUGAUGAAGGAACAUAGUACCCAGUGGGUCUAUGGCACGGAGGAAUAAGACGGUGCUUGUUAAUGGGAUCAAUUUGUUGUUGGUUUAGGUGUUUUUAUGGGAUUUGUUUGCAAUAAGAGAAGUAUAGAAUCUCACCAGACUCAUCCUUACGUAAAUUAAAGUAAAGGUGGGCUACAUGUGGAGUAGCAGAGGCUCACUCUGAAACAAACACACAUGUAAACUAUGUCAGUUCCUUUACAAGAUGAAAACAGAUUCCAGUUGAACAAGUUCUCUGCAUGCAGAGCACAGAAUCAUCAGUAUGGUAUGAAGCUUCCCAUUUGCAUUUGCUUCUUCUGUAAUUGUGAGUUUUGUAGAGAGAUGUGACUCCGUUGUUACUCAAUACACCUGUAAAGGUGGAUUCCCUGUUUUGAAUCACAGCUUAUUAUGAUUUGAUUAAUGAUUUGUAAAAAAAAGAAAAAAAAAGUGUUUUGGACAGAUGUUUUGAUUUAUAAAAUAUAAUACCAAACGUCUAUUUCUACUGAACCCUUAUUACAGGUUUGUUUUAGUUUUUGUUGAUCUGCUUUAUGAAUGUAGGAUUCCUUGGGAUCACCUUGUCUUUAAUGUUAAAACUCACAGUUUCUUUUUAUUAUAUACUUUGCCAAAUACUGAGAGUAAGGAUGAUGAUGA